AUGAAUAACACCAUUUAUUACAAUGAAAGUAAUUAUAUCGAAAUAAAUGUAAGCUUACCUUAUUGUACAGGCCAGGGUCUCUCAUGCCCAUAUUUAUACAACAAACGCCACGUGAUAGCAUAUUUUACAACAGUUGGUAAUAUUAUUAUUAUUCCUUUCAUAUUGUAUUUAAUAUUUAUGAAAGUGAAAGAUGGAUUUUUCAAAUAUUUCACACUGAAUUUAAUGAUUGUUUGCGUAACAUCGGCUAUUGCUGCUUCUAUAAUUGAUGCAAUUAAUGUUGCAAAACUAUUUAUUUCCAUUACAGAAAGCAAAUUACAUUUAUUUGAGAUUCGAGAAUGGAUGCGAUUUUAUGUUAGAUUGGGAAGCAUUUGGUUUCAUGCCUUAACACUCUAUGCAGUCAUAAUUUGUUAUUUACCCUACGUGAAACCUUUUUUUUAUACAAAAAAAUUUUCCAAUAGGAGUCAAAAACCAUACUACGUUGCAUUACAUACUUCAGUCCUUAUUUGGAGUACUUCUGUAACUUAUCUAUUUACAGAGUCCAUAUAUCGUAUACCUUAUUUUCUAACACAUAUCACAUUGUUUAUUUCAUUAUUCAUUGCUGCUCUAAUAGGAUCGUUUAAAAUAAGUAAGUAUAAACCACUCGGUGUUGACUCUAUUCGAGUUGCAAAAGCGCAACAGAAGCGUUUAUAUUCAUUCAUUUUAUAUAGUUAUUCCAUUGAAUUCAUCACUUUGCCUAUGUUUGUGUCACAUAAUUUUAGAUGCGAUCGAUCGCUAUUAUCACCAUUACUAUUCUUGCCCUUGAGCCAUAUCGCCAUGCAACUUUUUCAUUGUUUAGUAGAAGGAAAUGGACUUCGGAAGUGA